GCUCUUUGACAGCCCCCAACGGGUCUAAAGGUCGCCCAUUGACCUGCCAAUUUGUACAGAGGCGCAAUGCACGACUGACCUUUCGCAGUGGUCGGCCAAUCAUCGUCUGGUUCCGACCCCAGCCACGAGGAAGACGUUUCGGCGCCCGAGCACCGAGACUGCUGUUGUCAGCUUCACGAGGGCCUGAACCGCCGCCCGCGCUCAAUCCGCCUUCGUUCUUUGCACACCUGUCAUCCCCAGUUCCACAUGCCCUUCGCCAGGAGGACGUCCAGCCACUCAUUGAGUCUUGAGAUCCGAUAGUCACGACUGUUGCCGCAUCUGCAUGGCCCGUAGCCCCGGAUAGAGAGAAAAAACAAGCUUCGUCCGAUAGAUUGCGCGCAGAGCGCGAGCCCCGCAGCCAUGGUCUUCGGCUACAAGAUAUGGUUCCCGAGCGAUGACGAGAAGCACGCAAUGAGAGCACUGCUUGACUGGUAUCCUCUUGUCGCGCAAUGGUCCGUUCUGGUUGUGUUCGCUGCCUUUCAGCUUGGCUUUUUACUCUCAUGGAUCGCAAGCAAAGGAUUGGAAUAUGAGCGGCCGCGAUCGCCAUCGUUCAACAAGAGACUGGAAGGUCAAUGGACGUGGUUGCGAAAAUCAACACAGGCUGGGAAUCGCAUCGCAUGGUGGGCGAAGAAAGAUGUCAUCAGCGGAUGGGGAACCAGAGCCGAGUGGACUGGUGGUGGACUCUGGACAGUCUGGCUGUUGUAUUUGUCAAUCGCUCCAACUGGGAACAAUUACAUCCACCUAACCAAGAGUUUUGGCGCGAUCGGCGCAUCCCAAUUGCCUCUACACUACCUCCUUGCGAUGCGCACACCCUACUCACCAUUACAACUCCUCACGCGCCUCUCUCACGAACAACUGAAGUCGUCUCAUCAGGUUCUUGGCCGCAUCGUGUUCUUCCUGUUCUCCUUGCACGCUGCGUGCUAUCUCAACCUAUUCAUUCAAAUGAAUGUGCUCGCCAAGCGCAUUCAAAUGCCCGAUGUAAUCUUCGGUCUCAUUAGCAUCACUCUUUUUACCGCCAUCAGCACCACUGCACUCUCCCAGAUACGGCGCUGGAACUACCGCGUUUUCUACAUCAGUCACGUUGGUAUCGCAAACAUACUGGUCGUGCCACUGUACCUGCACGUACACCACAUCCGACCUUAUGUGUGGGAGGUCGUCAUCGUCAACGCUCUCCAUCUUCUCUCCCGCUUUAUUGCACACAAGACUUACACUGGCACUAUUUCCGUCCUUCCAGGCACAAACCUCAUCCAGAUCCGUAUCCCGCUUACCUCACUCUCGUCAACACUCUCAUGGCGCCCAGGCCAGCACGUGUACCUCUCUUUGCCCACCGGGAAGCACUACUCAACAUCUCUGUCCGACCAGUUCACCCUGCGCAACAAGACCAACCCCUUCAGCAUCGCAUCCAUCCCGGUCAAGGACAAGGAGCUCCUACUCGUAGCCAAGACGCUCGGAGGCAACACGAAGAAAAUGUCCGAACUCGCAAAGGCUCUCGCCACAGAAGGCGGCGACGCACCCAGCAUCCCCCUCGCGCUCGAAGGACCUUACGGCGCGUCGGCGCAUCUGCCGGAUUUCGCAUCCUACGAUAAGAUACUGCUCGUCGCCGGCGGCGUAGGCGCGACGUUCAUCCUCCCCAUCUACAGAAGUAUCAUCGAGUUCCGCGACCCCGAACAUGCUGGCCAGCCGCAGGUGCGCUUUAUAUGGGCGGUGCAGAGACUAGCGGAGACGCAGUGGGCGUUUCGUUCAACGUCUGGUGUCUCUGCUGCAACACCCGCUCACGAAGAUGGUGACGCGGACGCAGAAGCCGGAGACGACGAUGUCGCACAUAGUCUCGCGCCCUCAACUCCCAUCGGCAUCGAAGUCUUCGUCACGCGCGGCGCUGCGUCCGCAAUCCCGCUCGGCGACAACGGCGAGGAGAUCGAGCUCGCAGAGGACGACCAGCUGCUUUCCAUGGAGGAGGAGAUGAAGAAACCGCGCCCGGGCAUGGUGCUCAAGACCGGACGACCAAAGAUCCCCAUGAUCGUGGACGAGGUGUUUAGUCGGGGGACGAGGGUGGCGGUGGUGACGUGUGGGCCAAAGCGGCUGACGGGCAAGCUGCGGGAGAGCGUGGAGCAGUGGGUUAGGCAGGGGGUGGAGGUGUACUGGCAUGAGGAGACGUUUGGGUGGUAGAUCGGGUGCUGGUUGGGGGAGAAUGCGAGUAGGGCGUGUAUAGACAUGUAUCUCACCAAGCUGGUGCCCUUUUUAUGUUCCGACCUGCGCGCGUCUACGCGGUGGCUUGUUCAGUUGAGUUGGGCUGGGUUGCUUUGUCGGCGUGCGUGAGUCUGCACCUGCACGAUCCACCUCGUCAACGUGUUGCAU